AUGAUGAUGAAGAUCUCUGCUGUUUCCUUUUUCCUUGCUCUUGUUGUGAGCAGUAGCCUCCAUGGCUGUCAUGGCUUGAGCAGCGCUGCGGUACAAACCGCUCCCACUGCCACUUCUACUACUGCUAGUAGCGGUUCCAUUCCCGCGCUACAAGACUUUGACUACGAGACCAACGAUCGUUUGCCGUGGCGACCCGAAGGAUACGACAGUUGGGAAUGGCGGGGUCACAAGAUCAACUACCUCGAAAUGGGCGAUCCUUCCAAACCGGCAUUACUGUUGAUUCACGGCUUUGGCGCCAGUGUCUAUCAUUUUCGCUACAACAUUCCCGCAUUGGCACGCAAUCAUCACGUGUUUGCCGUGGACAUGUUGGGAUUUGGUUUGAGUGACAAACCCAUUGUCGAUUACAAUGCCGAACUCUGGAGAGAUCAAUCCUCCGAUUUUAUUGACCAAGUCAUUCAAAAACCCACCACAGUGGCUGGAAAUUCGCUGGGCGGAUUCACGGCACUCUACACCAGUACCGUAUCACCCCUGGUCAAUGGAUGUGUCUUGCUCAAUGGCGCUGGAAAAUUUCGAAAUCCCGAAUUAGACGACCAAGAAGAAGAACAAGAACCCGAAACCAAUGCAUUGGUCGCCAAACUCCAAGAAGCCUUUCAACGAUUCAUCAUUCAAUGCUCCUUUCUCUACACCAAACAACCCGCUCGUAUUUCUCAAGUCCUCCAACAGGUCUAUCCCGUCAAUGCCGCCGUUGUGGAUGACGAAUUGGUACAAUCCAUUUUUGAACCGGCAUUGAAUCCCAAUGCCCCCGAAGUCUUUUAUCGUGUCAUUACCCGGACCACUGGGGCCAAAGUCUAUGUCGAUGAUUUGCUCGAGCAACUAUCGCCUGAAAACAAGCCAUUGUUGCUGUGUUGGGGCGAACAAGAUCCUUGGAUUCGACCCACGGCGGCCAAUCGCAUUCAGGAACUCUAUCCCAGUGCGCAACGUGUCAGUAUCAAUGCCGGGCAUUGUCCGCAUGAUGAAGAUGCACCCGCCGUCAAUGCCGCCAUUGCACAAUUUGUACAGUCCUUGUAA